AUGUUGCAGAUUUCAAAAGAGGAAAAACAGGAUGAUAAAGCUGCUGCGGACACCACUGAGAAGGCGUCAGAAGAAUUUUUGAAUGCUAUCUUUGGUGGUAGUGACGACUCUGAUACAGAUGACACUGAUGACAGUGAUGAUGCUACUGAAGAUGACGAACGAAAUAAUGAUCAGAACACCGCUGCGCCAACAUCGAAAGACUUACCUGAUGAUAAGACAACCGGGGAAGUUGCCUCUGAGACUGCAGCUGCUGAAGAAAAAGUGAUCACAAUUAUGGAUAUACCACUGAAAGAGGAUGAAAAUGAGCAGUUUGGGCCAGCUUUACCGCCUACCUUAUCCAACGAAUCCAAGCCAUACGUUGCUGUCAAAACAGAACCACAAAAAGAAAUCGGAGCAUCACCACCGGCACAAAAGGAAGCGAAGCAGCAGUUGAGGCAGAAAUAUCAAAUUCAACGUUUACAGCUUCAUACCAGACGAGCUGGAAAGGCUAUAUACCAUUUGAAAGUGCCAUUGAAAAUUUGGGCAAGUGUGCAGAGACGGUUCUACCUGCAUGAGUUUUGGAUAACUCUCUAA